UUUUCUGUUUCUGGGUUCACAGUUUCAUCUCCCUUUUUCCCUCUUAUUCUUUUCUUUCUAAAUUCUUUUUUUCCUAUUUGGAACCGGAACCAGAUAUUUAUUUUGUAGCUUUCUUUACCCUUUCUAUCGAACAUAAUAAGGAAACCAUUCACAUUUAUCCGACAGACAUAGAACUCAGGUCCAGCUAAAAAAAUAGAUAACAAGGUUAUUUUCUCAUUAGCACCCAUCCAGAAAUGUCAGUUUACAAUCAUAGACCUAUGGGAGGAGCACCACCUACUGCCAGUCGUUUAUUAGAAUUGCUAGAUGCCAUCAAAUCUGAGUACGAUCAGCUCGCUCAAGAAGUGAUUGUUUGCAAAAAUCAGAGAGACGAAUAUGAGCAUAAAAUGAACAGUCAAAUUCAGGAGAUGAAAAUUUUUCAGCAAAACUUGAUGGACUUGGAAAGAACACAACAGAUGAUUAAGAAACAGUAUGAAGAGGAAAUCGCUAGACUCCGGUCGCAAUUGGAACAACACCAGCAUGGUGCUGGAGGGCCGCCACCACCCUCUUCAGCACCUGUAAGCAAUGGAUAUAAUGGUCCUUCAGGUUAUCAACAGCCGCAACAACCGCAACAGGGCCCUCCACCACCCUCAUUAAUGGAGUCCAAGCCAUCAGUAUCACAGCACCAUUCUUCGUAUCCACCCUCUAACACAGGCCAUGCUGCUCCUCCAACUAAUGGCCCCCCUCACCCAUCUGUUUCCAACGGGCCUCCUCAGCAACCACAACCUCCUCAAUCAGCGCAUUCCGCUGCUUCUGGUACACCUUAUAUGAACGAUGGCUCGCCCUUACCCUCGAAUGCUCCUCCUCCACCUUCAUCACAACUUCCUUCAAAGUCUGGAGCUGGUGGACCUCUUCCUCCAACUUCAGUUCCCCCGCCACCGCCAUCAUCAACGCAGCAACAGCAACAAUUAUCGCAACCUUCUGAAGCACUUGGUGAUAUCAAUCCCGAAAGUGUACCUGCCAAUAUGAAAGUAGAGGGUCAAGAUUGGUUUGCAUUGUUCAAUCCCAAAGCAACUCGUUAUCUCAAGGUUGAUCUUCUUCAUACCUUUGAUCAUGGAAGCGUCGUCUGUUGUGUCAAGUUCAGUUCAGAUGGACGUUACUUGGCAGCUGGAUGUAAUCAAGCCACCUAUAUUUAUGAUACAGUGACAGCUACUCGUGUUGCCAUUCUUCAAGAUACAAGUGCAGGACGUGACGGUGAUUUGUAUAUUCGUUCCGUCAGUUUCAGCCCUGAUGGUAAAUAUUUGGCUACUGGUGCUGAGGAUAAGCAAAUCAGAAUUUGGGAUAUUGCAAAGAAACGUAUUCGUGGCAUUUUGUCCGGCCAUGAACAAGACAUUUAUUCUUUAGAAUUCAGUCGUGACGGUCGCAUCCUUGUGUCUGGAUCCGGCGACCGUACUGCCCGUAUUUGGGAUUGGCAAAACAUUCGUUGCUUACAUGAACUGCGCAUCAAUGAUGUGGAGCAACAAGAUCUGGGUGUUACUAGUGUUGCCAUUUCUCCUGAUAGUCGGUUAGUAGCAGCUGGUAGUUUGGAUAAGGUAGUUCGUGUCUGGGAUGCUGUCACAGGUCAAUUGUUAGAAAGAUUAGAGGGCCAUAAAGACAGUGUGUAUUCUGUUGCUUUUAUGCCUGAUGGCAAGACUUUGGUCAGUGGUAGUUUGGAUAAGACAUUGAGGAUGUGGCAGUUAGGUACAAACGAGAGAAAUGCAUAUGGCAGUGAGCGUAAGAGUCCUUGUAUUCAAGUUUUCACAGGACACAAGGACUUUGUUUUGUCUGUGGCAACUACACCAGAUGGUCAUUGGAUUGUUUCCGGUUCUAAAGAUAGAGGUGUACAAUUCUGGGAUCCUCGCACUGGACAAACACAGUUCAUGCUUCAAGGGCAUAAGAAUUCUGUUAUUUCUGUUGCCACUAGUCCUGGACAUAGACCAAUGUUCGCUACGGGUUCAGGUGAUAAUCGUGCUCGUAUCUGGAGUUACGAGCCAUUAGGACCUUGAUCAUUGUAUUGAUUGUUUAAAGUUGGUUUUUCUUUUUGUUUCGCUUUUUACAUCCAAUCGUACCCACCCAGCCACACACACACACACUCUCUCUCUCUCUCUCUCACACACACACACACACACACACAAUGCGCGCACUCAACACGCUUACACAUCACAAAAAUCAUUGUAUAGAUCUCCUCUUUUUUUUGAUAUAGUCAAAAACACUCUCACCUUUUUUCCACUUUUUCGUGUCUCGUUUUCAUAAUACUCUUUCGGUUGAUAUUUAAUGCUUCCGUGAAUAAAUUUCGAUCGUUUUCUGCAAUGGACAUUA